GCACCACAUCCAUCCUUGCCCUGCCUGUGGAGUGAUAUACAGAGCUGACGAACAUAACCCGCCAGUAUUACCAGCCAGACCUGAGCUUCCUAUGCUGUUGAGCGGCCAUUGGGUUAGUUCUCGCUGCGAAGUCCGCCCAGCGGUGCUUUUUCUUACCAGGUACUUCAUCUUCCAUGCCAACAACCGUAGCUGGGAAGGCUACUAUCACCACUACUCUGACCCUCUCUGCAAGCAACCAACAUUCACCGUCUACGCCUUGGGUCAUUACAAUGAGGGAGCACCCUCCCGCAUCGUGAGAGGAGGCACCGAGCUGGUCUUCAAGGUCACUCAUGCUCGGGUGACCCCUAUGGAUCAGGUCACCGUGUCCAUGCUGAACUCCUCUGAUUUUGGGAGCUGUGGAGAGGCUGGAUCUUGGCACAUUGGGCAAGAGCUAGAUGUGACGCACACCAAUGGGUGCGCGGCCCUAGGUAUUAAGCUCCCCCACUCCGAGUAUGAACUCUUUCGCCUCGAACGAGAUGGAAAAGACAGGAGCCUGCUCUUUAUUGGUGAGAGACCAACCGAUGGGUCAAGUCCUAACAUGCUCAAUAAGCGGCCCACCUCUUACCAAUCUCCUCUUCUCCAGUGUGGUGGCCCCUCGGGAACUUUGGCAAGACACAAUAUGCCACACGAUCCAGAAAGAUUAAGUGCCCAAGUGAACCAUGGAGCAUCCAAGACUCCUUUAUCUCUGCUGGUGUUUCUAGCUACAUUGCUGGUCCACUGGGAUUAAAAGCUUGCUUGUGGAGCAGCAGAAAAUGCAGAUAACCGUCAGGCUGUGUGUAGGUCAUACCCAAAAAUAAGCACACUCAGAGGUCUUUUUUUUUUUACAGGUUGCAAAAAAAAUAUAUGUCUGUUUGACAGCUGUGUUUUCUACUGCCAUGCUUGCUUAGAUACAGACAUGUAAAUUGGUUUUCUUGAUUUUUGAAGUGGAAAAUCGCUCACUUUUCAUCAUGUGACUCAAUGCACACAACUGCCUGUUUCUGAAGCAGUGUUUCUCAAUUUCAGAAACUUUUAAGAGGCAUGGACUUCAAUUCCCACAAUUCAAUUAAGCUGAGU